ACAGCCGCGCAGCCGGCCAGGCCCGCAAGGCGCGCGCACCGGGGUCAGGUCGAGGACGCGGGCGGGGCCGGGAGGCGGAAGGGCCGGCCCGGGGCGUGUCCACGUGACUGCCCCUCCCGCCGCCCGCCGCCCGCCGCCUGCAGCCCCCCAGCUACCGCCGCCGCCUCCGCCUCUCGGGCUGCAGCUCCCGGCGUGCCCCGCACUCGCCGCUGGCCGCCCGCCCCUCCCUCUCCUCCUACCAGUGCCACAGAGCCGGAGCCGGAGCCGCCGCCGCAGCCACAGCCGCGGACACUAUGGCUUCUGGAGUUACAGUGAAUGAUGAAGUCAUCAAAGUUUUUAAUGAUAUGAAAGUAAGAAAAUCUUCUACACAAGAGGAGAUCAAAAAAAGAAAGAAAGCCGUUCUCUUCUGUUUAAGCGAUGACAAAAGACAAAUAAUUGUAGAGGAAGCAAAGCAGAUCUUGGUGGGUGACAUUGGUGAUACUGUAGAGGACCCCUACACAUCUUUUGUGAAGUUGCUACCUCUGAAUGAUUGCCGAUAUGCUUUGUACGAUGCCACAUACGAAACAAAAGAGUCUAAGAAAGAAGACCUAGUAUUUAUAUUCUGGGCUCCUGAGAGUGCACCUUUAAAAAGCAAGAUGAUUUAUGCUAGCUCUAAAGAUGCCAUUAAAAAGAAAUUUACAGGUAUUAAACAUGAAUGGCAAGUAAAUGGCUUGGAUGAUAUAAAGGACCGUUCAACACUUGGAGAGAAAUUGGGAGGCAACGUAGUAGUUUCACUUGAAGGAAAACCCUUAUAAAAUGCCAGUCAAGUGCCAUCUGGAUCUUAAGGAGCUUCCAUUUCUCCAGCUCAAUCAAUUGAAAUAGUGUUAGGUGUUUUUUGUUUUUGUUUUUGUUUUUUUUCUCUUCCCACUGGGUCCUUCCAAUACAGUGAAUGAAGGAAAUACCAUUCAUGUAAGCAGCCUAUCAGUGAUUGCCAUUAGACUGUUUAAUACUGUUACUUUUAUGUAGAACCCAAGGAAUGCCUUCCCAUCAUAUUUUAGCCAAAACAACUGGUUAUAUGCCUCCCUUGCAGCAAGCACUACAAUGAAAGUGAUUGUCAAUGUGAAUAGCUUAGAAUACUGCAAAGGGUAAGCUGAUUGAAUGCCUUGAAAGUAUUAUCCACUGGUCAGAUGGUAAACUUUAUUCAGUAUUAUUUAUAGUUGCACUUGAUUGCAGUUUUGUGAGGCUCGAGCAUUCAUACACCUCACCUGCCUUGGCAAGCCUAUUUUUGUGACAUGGCAGCACAGAUAUAACACUAUGCAUUGAAAGCACUUUUUUUGUAAUGAGUUUAACUCACCCUCCCUCCCCCAAAAGGAAUGCCAAUUAGGUUUUGUUAACGGUGUCAUCGACUUAUCCUAGUACCUCAGUAUUCAUUCCUGUUACCUGCAUAUCUUAAAAGAAACAGCUGUUAAUGCCUUUUUGUUUUCCAUUGAGUGUACACUACUGAAUAAGUGUAGGAGUUUAUGUUUACCAUGUAAGUUUUGCAACACUAAAAAUAUUUUGAAUAUCAGUCAUGAUGGCAAUUUCUGUAUAAAAGAGCCUUAAAUGGAACAUUGUUUUUGAGAUCAAACUCCCUACCCUCACAAAAAUGGCCACGUCGCAAUAAAAAUUGUGGCAUAUUACAGAACGUUGCCUUGUUUUCCUUGGACAUUUUGCAAAAUGUUAUGUGAAGCAACUUUUAGAGUAAACAGCUAUUACUAAUCUUUGCACUGGUCAUUUAAGAAUUUUUUUGUACAACAUUCAUGCAUGAUAUUUUCCAGUUUGUUGAGUUUAAAAAAUAUUCUAUCCUAAAGCCAACAAAUAGAAAAUAUUGUUACAGAGGGAUACUUUUAUAAACAUUAGUUUAUUUAUUUCCUUAUAUGUUAAUAUGAAGAUCAGAAGUUAUUUUUUGCACUUUGACAUAAAUAUUCUUCAAUACCAGAUUUGUUUUCUGGAUAAAUUAGGGUAGUUAUUUUUUAAUUCAUGUUUACGUUUCUAAGUAACUGAGUAGUAGAAGCAGGAAGCUCUUAACUGCAUAUUUGGUCAUGAUGAAAGUAAUUUAUAAAAUGUCCUUCAAAAGUUAAUAAUACUUCUCGUGUUUAGGACCUUUCAUUUCAGCUAUUAUUUCUUAAUACAUCUUGCAAAUUGGGAAAAAAAAAUGAUGUAGCAAUCUUAAGUAUUAGUAGUGAGAUUUGGCUGUGGUCCAGACUGCUCUCCUUAUAGAGAAUUUGAUCUGCUCAGUGUGAGCAGUUUGCUGUUAGCCAGAGCUAUUUAUGGCAAACACAUGCUUUUGUAUCUUGUCAUAGUUAUCCACAAAUGGCAAAACUGGACUUGAUUCUACUGGUAUGCAAAACAGGCAUGCUAGUAAGCAGUCAAUCGUGGCUUAGAACUUAACCCCAUAGCUCUGAAGAAUGCUCUUAUCAGAAAACAGGAAACAAAAAUUCUUCCUUUUUUUUUUAACAUGUGUUAGUAACUUGAGUACAAUUAGGUAUUUUCCCAUAUUAUCAGAAGAUUUUUAAAGGUGAAAACAAAAGUAGGACUUAAAUGUUUAGGCUUCCAUUUAAAAUUAUAUGAAUGGCUUGGGAUCUUUUGCACUGAGCUAUCUUAUUUCAGGCUUCCAGCUGUCCCUUUGAGUUAUCCUGGACAUUUUGAUGGUUUUUUGGUAAGGCUGAACUCAUAAGGAAAGUAUGAGAAUACUGACAUAUACCGAACCGUAUAUGUAACUGAUUCUUAGAAUUUUCAUUAUUUUCCUCAUUCU